AUGCGCCGCAGAUACUACAACUUUUGGGCUUCAGCUCUACUUAUGGCUAUGUCACUUGCCGGCGGGGAACCAAAGAAGCUCAUAGUAUUUGACACCAUAGAAUGUGCCAUCAAAAGCAGUGCCUUCUCAAAGGUUGUAUGUAAGCUGUAUUCCCGAUUGGAAUUUAAUGCUCUUUUAACCAUUGGCGAAAAAGAAUUUGCUGACAAAGUGUUGGGAGUUUGUGAAGUUCAAAUCUAUCCAAGAGGUCAGAAAAAGAUAACGCGGAUAAAAAACCUGCGAUUAGACUUUUGCCAAUUGAAGAAGCAUACCGAAAAGCGCUCAGUACUGGGCAUAUACUACCAAGCACUACGCCGAGCUGUUGUCGAUUUUCCCAAAAAGUGUCCCUUUCAAAAGAACACCACAUAUGCCGUAAAUCGGUUGCAUUUGGGCUGGCAAGACGUGCCGCAAUAUCUACCCGAAUCUAACUUUACUUUUAGGGGCAAGAUUUAUGUGAACGAUGAGUUAGCACUCGAGGUUAAGUUGACUGGCGGUUUUUUUGAAAUUCGCAACGAUUCCGUCUAUAGGAAGCCCCUAUUGGAAAGUGCAUAA